UGUCAAUUGAAUUGACUAAUUGACCGAUUGAGCUGCAGGUACACGUUUCACACUUCCGAUAGAACUUUGCUUUGGUACUUGAAUUUUUUUAUACUUAACUAAUAUGAGUGAAACUGUGGCUGAAGGUGUCGAGGCAUUAACACUGAAUAAUGCAAAAGAAACCGAAGAGCCUGUCGCAACAGGAGAAGAAGUUAUUGCUGGCGAUGAUGACCAGAAUGAUGUAGUUGAUCCAUGGAAUGUGACAAGUAGCAGUGAUACUGGAGUUGACUACGAGAAAUUAAUAAAACGUUUCGGGUCAUCCAGAAUCGAUGAUGAAUUAAUAGCACGUAUUGAGAAGAUAACUGGGAAGCCGGCUCAUCCUUUAAUACGACGUGGAAUAUUCUUCUCUCAUCGCGAACUAAACACAAUUUUAAACUUGAAAGAACAAGGAAAACCAUUUUACUUGUACACAGGUCGAGGACCUAGUUCGGAGUCUUUGCAUUUAGGUCAUUUAAUUCCAUUUAUUAUGACAAAAUACUUGCAGGAAGCGUUUGACGUGCCUUUAGUCGUGCAGAUGUCCGAUGACGAGAAAACAUUAUGGAAGGACUUAAAAGUUGAAGAUGCAAUCAAAUUAGCUCACGAAAAUGCCAAGGAUAUUAUCGCCAUGGGAUUUGACGUCGACAAAACGUUUAUAUUCAAUAACUUGACGUUCAUGGGACAAUGCCCAGCUUUUUAUCAAAAUGUAAUACGCAUGCAAAAAUGUGUCACAUUCAAUCAAGUAAAGGGUAUUUUUGGAUUUGGCGAUUCAGAUAUAAUAGGCAAAAUUGGUUUCCCCGCUGUUCAAGCAGCUCCGGCGCUUUCAAGUACAUUUCCAUUUAUUUUUGGCAACCGCAAGAUACACUGCCUUGUUCCUUGUGCUAUUGAUCAAGACCCAUAUUUUCGUAUGUGUCGAGAUGUGGCACCACGAUUGGGUUUUCCAAAAUGUGCUCUGAUACAUUCAACAUUCUUCCCAGCUUUACAAGGUGCAAAAUCGAAAAUGUCUGCCAGUGAUCAGAAUUCUGCCGUGUUCUUAACCGAUACCCCCAAGCAAAUAAAAAAUAAAAUAAACAAAUAUGCCUUUUCUGGCGGGCGUGUUACAGUUGAAGAGCACAGAAAAUUGGGUGGCAUACCGGACAUUGAUGUUGCUUAUCAGUUGUUGAAAUUCUUUUUGGAAGAUGACGCAAAAUUAGAAGAAAUUCGAAUUGCAUACAGCAAGGGAGAACUUUUGACCGGUGAAAUAAAGAAAAUAGCAAUUGAGACUGUAACGCCUAUUGUUGAGCAACAUCAAGCUGCACGCAAAUUAGUUACUGAUGAAGCAUUACAAAAGUUCAUGGAAAUUCGUCCACUUAAGUUUGGAAAUAGUAGUUAAACUACCUACAUAUAUUUAUUUACGUAUGUCACAACUUGAAAAGUUUUUAUUUCUUUUUUAUUUGCGCUUGUAAAACAAUGAAUUUAUCAAUAAUCAUUAUUGUAUUUUUUAAACUGUUUAGUAUUAAAUACAUACAUACUUUAGUUUUUGUA